CAGUUCACGUCAUAACAAUAGCAAGUUAUAGUUUAAAUGGAGUGAUUUUUAUUAUUGAUUAACAGAAUAAAUGAUUACUAAUUUCUAGGCAUAAUGGAUAUAAGUUCAUUUUCUAGCGAAGAUUUUGAUACCAAGGCUUGGAUAAAUGACAUCUUGAAAAAUGCUGAUAAGCAAAAAGAAAGUAGUUUUACAAUGUCUCUGGUAAUGAAGCUACAACUGUAUGUGCAACAAGUUAACAGUGCCUUAGAAGACACCAGUCAGGACGUUUUAGCUUCCUUACCUAAAAUUAUGAGGGAUUCAAAGAACUUGCAACAAGAAGCAGUUUUACUGAAAGAAAAAAUGGCCGUAGUUAGAGCAGAGAUAGAGAAAAUCGAACAGGAGACAGGAAAGUCCAUAGAAUCCAUUGCAAAGUUGGAUUCCAUGAAAACUAAGUUGAUUUUAGCCAAGCAAGGGCUCCACGAAAGUGAUAACUGGACACUUCUUGUGAAUGAUUUAGAAGAAGUUUUCGACUCUAGAAACGUUGAAAAUAUAUCCAACAAAAUAUUAGGUAUGCAGAGUUCUCUCAAACUGCUAGUGAACGUAGCAGACUAUGAGGACCGUAAGCUCCAACUAGAAGGUUUGAAAAAUAGGUUGGAGGCUAUCGCUAGCCCGGAGAUAGUGCAGGCCUUCAACUCUCAUAAUACAGAACAAUCGCAAAUGUACGUGAGGAUAUUCACGUCCAUUGGGAGGCUGCCGCAAUUGUUAAAAUACUACCAGAAAUGCCAGAAAGAUAUUUUGCUGAAGAAAUGGAGAAACCAGCUAGAGAUCGAACAGGAUGAAACCACAUUGCAGUGGAUCCAUAAUUACUACAAUGAACUUCUAUCGAACUGGUACACUCAGUAUAGGUGGUUCAAUCAAGUGUUUGUUAGCGAGUCAGCGUCCCAGUCUUUGAUAGACAUUUACACAGAUGUCCUCUCGUCGUUGGAUCCCAGUUUGAACGAAUGCAUCGAUGCUGCUUUGAAGCAGGUUCCGGAUAAGUUGAGUUUCUUGUUGGAAAUCAAGCAAGCGGCAACUCAGUUCAGAGAUAGCUUGGUAAACGUAAUCAGUCAGUCAGUACAAGCGAAACCAAAUCCAGUCCAGAUCUUCAAACUGCAAAAGGCCAUAUUCAGUCAUUUGGUGACGUACGUAAAGAAGUACUCUUCCUACGAGCAAGCCUACUUGAACAAGCAACUGUCAUCGCUCGACUGCAUGAAAGACGAACUUCCCGAUACCAUCCAAGCCCUAGGGCUCAGCAUUCCUUCCGUCGUGGACAUGUGCAGAGCGGCGAAGAAACGCUGUCAAGACAUAACGGAAAACUGUGGGUACUGCGGCCUGCUGCUGGCGUUGAGAUCGUUCCUGAUGGGUUAUGCUGAUCUUUAUAGAGUGGCUCUCAGGCAAAUCGACAGGAACAGGAAGUCGGAGGAAGACUGGAACGUCUUCCAGCUCUGUAUGUCGUUGCUGCAGAACAGCGGAGAGGUCAUCCUGGAGCUGCAGCACCUCGAGAAAGACCUGACCCUGCAAGUACUCGAGCUGAACCGACAAGAGACGGCGCAAUACAAAAGUUUGCUGUUGGAGUCUUCAGACCUCAGAGAGUUCGAGUCUCUGGUGAGAUGCGUGACGGAGGGUACGCAGUUAUCCCUCCUGGAUUCAGUGACGACCGAGCUGCAGAAACUCUGCGCCGAUAUUCACCACACCACUUACCUAGUGGUCUUUGCUCCGAUUUCUGAGCACUUGGACGUGGUGCAGUCCGCGCAGACUUGGAAUCAGUUCGACAGUUCCGGCAUCCAUAACAGCGACUUACCGGACUAUAGUUUUAGUCCUCAGGAGUAUAUUACGCAGAUCGGCCAGUAUUUGAUGAUUCUACCCCAGCAUUUGGAACCUUUCUUGUUCAAGGAUAAUCCGGCUCUGUCGUGCGCUCUGAAAGCCGCAGAGCAAGAGUACAGCAACGUUUCUGAAGAAGAAGGAGCCCUGGCCCACAUUUUUUUGACCAUCGUAGCCCGAGGGACUUGCCAAGUUUUCUGCGAUCGAAUUCUGUCUAUCUGCGAGUUGAGUCAAGGCGCCAGUAGACAACUUGCCCACGAUAUUAGCUACCUUCAGAACAUUUUUGAGGAAUUGGGGUUGUCGUUAAGCGAGAACCUUCAGCACUUGUCUGC